AUGGCUGCUGUAGGAGCGGCAGGAGCGAACCAGCCGGCUCAUGCUCAACCAAAUUUGCCAGCUCUUCCUCCUCACCUACAGUCGGACACCCACUUGACAGCUCAUUUGGCUAGUCGAUUUCAUGUCUCUUUGCCCACAGCCAAGUUGUCGUCUCAGGCACUUGUGUGUCUCAACACAUAUACAUCGGCGACCAGGGGUCCAAAUGGUGGCAAAGAAGGGAGCGCAGCUGCGGAGGCUGAGGACCUGGCGAGGCGGGCGUGGACACGUCUUGGGUCAAGAGCAGAGGAUCAAGCCGUCAUCUUCUUCGGUGAAUCUGGCUCAGGCAAGACCACCAUCAGGUCCCACCUGCUCUCUGCUUUUCUGGGCCUAUCCUCGACACCACUAUCAAAUAGACUUUCUCUGGCCGCAUACGUCUUUGACACGUUGACGACCACGAAGUCCUCCACCACACAGACAGCCUCGAAGGCCGGCUUGUUCUACGAACUCCAAUACGACGCCUCAUCCGCCAAGCCGACCCUGAUUGGCGGCAAACUUCUGGAUCAUCGACUGGAAAGAAGCCGUGUUACCGCCGUGCCGACGGGCGAACGAAGUUAUCAUGUCUUAUACUACUUGCUGGCUGGUACGAGCGCCGCCGAGAAAGAACAUCUUGGGCUGGAGCAGUCAACAGGCACAAAAUCCGCUGCCACAGGCCUCCACAGGUCAGCAUCCUCCGCUGCACAGAAAAGGUGGAGAUACCUCGGACAUCCAACUCAAUUGAAAGUCGGCAUUAACGAUGCCGAAGGAUUUCAGCAUUUCAAGACAGCACUUCGGAAGUUGGAAUUUCCAAGGGGAGAUAUUGCAGAGAUCUGUCAGGUCCUUGCUGCAAUCCUCCAUAUUGGCCAGCUUGAGUUCGGAGUGGGCCAGGCUACGGCCACGGCUGCAGAGGAAAGCGGUGGGUAUUCUCAUGAGGGCGGCGAGAGCGUCACGAUGGUCAAGAACUCGGAGACUCUGGGUUUGGUAGCAGCAUUCCUCGGGCUUGGGGCUGCCGAGCUCGAGGAGUCUUUACGCUACAAGACCAAGACCAUUCACCGUGAACGCGUUACGGUCAUGCUAGAUCCCAAGGGUGCGCGUGAGAGCGCGGACGAAUUGGCCAGGACCUUGUACGCUCUUCUAGUGGCCUAUAUCAUCGAGUGCAUCAAUCAAAGGACAUGCGCGGCCGAAGAUGCUGUUGCCAACACCGUCUCAAUAAUCGAUUUCCCAGGUUUCGCGGAUCAAACCUCGACGGGUUCCGUACUCGAUCAGCUACUGAACAAUGCUGCAUCCGAAUCUCUCUACAAUAUCUGCUUGCAGAGCAUUUUUGAACGGCCUGCGGAGAUGCUAGAGCGCGAGGAAGUCAGUGUGCCUGCAGCAACAUUCUUUGACAACUCAGACGCAGUUCGUGGCCUGCUGAAGCACGGCACAGGUCUUCUUGCCAUACUGGAUGAUCAGACGAAGCGCGGCCGCUCUGACAUGCAACUGCUCGAGAGCCUGAGAAAGAAAUUCGAGAACAAGAACAAGUCAAUAACCGUCAGUAGCUCGACUGCUAAGAUGCCGGGCAGCAAUUUUGCUACAACGAACCUGGCUGCAUCUUUCUCUGUUCGCCAUUAUGCUGGAGAAGUCGAGUACCCAGUCAAUGGUCUGGUGGAAGCCAACGGAGAUACGGUUGCCGGAGACUUGAUGAAUCUCAUGAAGACUACUAAGAGCGACUUCGUGGGCAACUUGUUUGGCCAGGAGGCUUUAACGACCGUGACCCAUCCAGCAGAGAAGACAGCCAUAAUGCAGGCGCAGGUGAGCUCGAAACCGCUCCGAAAGCCUAGCAUGGCCCGUCGCAAGCACGAUCAGCUCGCACGUCUUGCGAGCCGUCGUGCGGAUCGUUCUCCAGAACCACAGGAAAACGAAUCUCAAGCUGGCGAGGCUAUCCUUCGUCGAACAAAAGACAAUGCAGGAGGCCUGUCACAGGGCGCUGCGUCGCAGUUCCUAUCGUCUCUGGACAACAUCACCAAGUCUUUGACCGCUCCGAACGUCAAUAACUACUUCAUCUUUUGCCUGAAGCCGAACGAUCGCCGGAUAGCGAAUCAGUUCGACAGCAAGUGCGUCCGACAACAGAUCCAAAUACUAGGCAUAGCGGAAAUCAGUCAGCGUCUGCGCACAGCCGACUUCAGCAUAUUCCUGCCAUUCGGUGAAUUCCUAGGCCUGGUCGAUUUUGACCCUGGUGUGGUUGGCAGCGAUGCCGAGAAGACCCAACUGGUUCUUGAUGCCAAGAAUUGGCCGCCAAACGAAUUCAAGAUUGGAACGACUGGCGUGUUCUUGAGCGAAAGGUGUUGGGCAUCGGUAGCUGUGUCAGGUACGCAAGCUGCUCAAUUCUACGGCGUUGACGACGAUGGCUUGUCGAUAGGCACGCCAGGUGGUAAUCCGUUUUCUGACUCGAAAGCUCGAUUACACUCCGCCGGCGACACUCCUGGCGCAGGCUCAUAUAUAUAUGGUGAUGAGACAAAGGGAGCUGGAUAUUUCGGUGCCAGAGAGAUUGACACCAAAUCUGAAGCCGGCGCUUCCGCGUUCCAUCAAGGCGAUAUGUUCCGCAACAUGGACACGAAAGAAGAACUGGCAGAAAAGGCCAACAAGAAGAAACUGGAAGAAAUCGAUGUGAUCGCCACGACUGGCAAACGUAAGCGCUGGCUGUUUGUGGUCUAUUUCCUCACUUGGUAUAUUCCCGAUUUCAGCAUCAAAUGGCUUGGUCGCAUGCCGCGCAAAGAUGUUCGAGUCGCUUGGAGGGAGAAGCUCGCCAUCAACAUGAUGAUCUGGUUCUUCUGCCUCUUCGCCUGCUUCUUCAUCGUGGUCUUCCCAGAGCUGAUCUGUCCUCGACAGAAUGUGUUUUCAGCCGCAGAAUUGUCAAGUCACGAUGGGAAGGGCACUUCUUCUUACGCCUCACUCCGUGGAAUUGUCUUGGAUCUGGGCGCAUUUGCACCAAACCAUUACCCGAGCAUUGUCCCGACGAAGGACCUGGAGAAUUACGCUGGUCUCGACAUCACUGGUCUGUUCCCAGUACAAGUCAGUGCCUUGUGCAAUGGCAAGGAUGGCAGCGUCGACCCCCACGUCACAUUGGACUACACUUCAACUAACAUCAGCGGAACCGCGAAUGUCAUCAGUGGGGAUGAUCCAAAUCGCAAAUAUCACGACUUUAGGUCUUUCACCAAUGACCCGAGACCAGACUGGUUCUUUGAGCAGCGUAUGGUGCUCGCGGGCAAUUACAAGAAGGGUGACAUAGGUUACACGCCGCAGUAUGUGAAAACGCUCUCUACGAAGCAGAAAUCGAUUGCCAUUAUCCACGACCGCGUUUACGAUUUCACGAAUUACAUCACUGGAGGCCGUAGCAUCGGAGUCGCAGAAGGCGAGGAACGACCAACAGAUGUUGACACAGAUUUCAUGAGUGAUGCUGUUGUGGCUCUUUUCCAGCAACGCUCAGGCCAAGAUGUCUCCCGCUACUGGGAUGCUCUGACUCUGCCAGGAGGCAUAGGGGAGAAAAAUCGCAUGCAAACCCAGUGUUUGUUCGCCCGAUAUAUCCUACUCGCCAUCUCGAUCUUGCUCGUUUCCGUCAUCGGAUUCAAGUUCUUUGCGGCUCUACAAUUCAGUCGCAAGACGUUGCCCGAGAACUUGGAUAAGUUCGUCAUUUGUCAGGUUCCGGCCUACACAGAAGACGAGGAGUCACUCCGCCGAGCCAUUGAUUCUGCUGCACGCAUGAAGUAUGAUGACAAGCGGAAACUGCUCAUCAUUGUCUGCGACGGCAUGAUCAUAGGACAGGGUAACGACAGGCCGACUCCACGAAUCGUCCUUGACAUCUUGGGCGUAUCAGAAACUGUUGAUCCCGAGCCGUUAAGCUUUGAGUCACUCGGUGAAGGCAUGAAACAGCACAACAUGGGCAAGGUAUACUCAGGCCUCUACGAAGUUCAAGGUCACAUUGUGCCAUUCAUGGUUGUUGUCAAGGUUGGCAAGCCUUCUGAGGUGUCGCGUCCUGGCAAUCGGGGCAAGCGAGACUCGCAGAUGGUGAUUAUGCGCUUCCUCAACAGGGUUCACUACAACCUGCCUAUGAGUCCAUUGGAGCUGGAGAUGCAUCAUCAAAUCCGGAACAUCAUCGGCGUCAACCCCACUUUCUACGAGUUCAUGCUACAGAUCGACGCUGACACUGUUGUCGCUCCGGAUUCGGCCACUCGAAUGAUCUCGACAUUCCUACACGAUACUCGGAUCAUUGCUGUCUGCGGCGAGACGUCUCUCAGCAAUUCCAAAUCGUCGAUCAUCACCAUGAUACAAGUGUACGAGUAUUACAUCUCGCAUAAUUUGACAAAAGCCUUCGAAUCGCUAUUCGGCUCCGUGACGUGCUUGCCUGGUUGCUUCAGCAUGUACCGGAUCCGUGCAGCAGAGACUGGCAAGCCCCUGUUUGUAUGCAAGGAGAUCUGCGAGGACUAUUCUGAGAUUCGUGUCGACACUUUACACAUGAAAAAUCUCCUUCAUCUUGGAGAGGAUCGUUAUCUCACAACACUUCUUCUGAAGCAUCACCCGAAGUUCAAGACGAAGUUUAUCUUCAAUGCACAUGCCUGGACUAUCGCGCCUGACUCUUGGGCGGUCUUCAUGUCACAACGUCGGCGAUGGAUCAACAGUACAGUUCACAACCUGAUGGAGCUUAUCCCACUCCAGCAACUCUGCGGCUUCUGUUGUUUCAGCAUGCGAUUCAUCGUCUUCCUGGAUCUUUUGUCCACCUUGAUUGCCCCUGUGGCAGUGGCUUACAUUGUCUACUUGAUCGUGCUUCUUGCCAUCGACACAAGCGUGGUGCCUCUCAUGGCUUUUGUCUUGCUCGGAGCAAUCUAUGGUUUACAAGCCAUCAUUUUCAUCCUUCGCCGAAAGUGGGAGAUGAUUGCCUGGAUGAUUAUAUACAUUCUGGCAAUGCCUGUGUUUUCGCUGGGUCUGCCACUGUAUGCCUUUUGGCACAUGGACGACUUCAGCUGGGGUAACACGCGCCUUGUCACUGGAGAGAGUGGCAAUCAGAUCCUCGUAUCUGACGAGGGCAAGUUCGACCCUGACUCGAUUCCAAAGAAGAAGUGGGAGGAAUACCAGGCCGAACUGUGGGAUGCGCAAACACAACGAGAUGAUACCAAGUCUGAAAUGUCUGGCUACAGCUACGGAACGAAGUCUUACUAUCCCACUGGGUCUGUCUACGGUGGCGAUCAGCAGCAUUUGUUAGCACAGUCACGCUCUGUCUCGCAAUUCGACGUGAAUCAGAGCGUGUACGGCGCUCCGAUGGCAUACACCCAAUCUCGGUGUCGUUGCCUGCGUCUGAGCUUCUUGGCGGCACCGGAAGACGACAUGCUGCUACAAGAAAUCAGAGAGAUCCUCCGAACAGCGGAUCUGAUGUCAGUCACGAAGAAGAGCGUCAAACAAGAGUUGGAAAGGCGAUUCAGUUGCAAUCUUGACGCGAAGAGGGCAUAUAUAGGGAGUGCAACGGAAGCUGUCCUUUCUGGGCAAUUAUAG